AUGGAUUUCUCCUCCUCUAAGACCACAGCUAUCCUUUUCAUUUCCAUGCUCUUCAUCUCUUCAGCUACUCCCAUUCUUGGUUGUGGGUAUUGCUCAAAGCCCCCUCCCAAACACAAGCCACCACCCAAAGUAAAGCCACCAGUUGUUAAGCCUCCUCUCAUCAAACCUCUCCCACCGGUGACCGUCCCUCCCAUUGUUAAACCACCCGUUACCAUCCCCCCGGUGACUGUCCCACCGGUGACCGUCCCUCCCAUUGUUAAACCACCCGUUACCAUCCCCCCGGUGACCGUCCCACCUGUCACCAUCCCUCCCAUUGUUAAACCACCCGUUACCAUACCCCCGGUGACUGUUCCACCGGUGACAGUCCCUCCUGUAGUGGGUGGAAAGCCUUGUCCCCCAUCGCCUCCGGCGAAGGCAACAUGUCCAAUUGACACUCUUAAGCUAGGAGCAUGUGUGGAUCUUCUUGGUGGGCUAGUGCAUGUUGGUCUUGGAGACCCAGUUGUGAAUGAAUGUUGUCCAGUGCUUCAAGGGCUUGUUGAACUGGAAGCUGCAGUGUGCUUGUGCACCACUCUUAAGCUCAAGCUACUCAAUCUCAAUGUCUUUGUUCCAGUUGCUCUUCAACUCCUUAUUAGUUGUGGGAAGACACCUCCUCCUGGUUUCACCUGCUCUCUCUAAAUCUAAGUGGGGAUGAAAUCGACAUGAGAGGAUGUCGAGCAACCAAUGUUUUAAUUUCUUACUUGCUUUGUAUUUUUUCUUUUUUCUUUAUUCUUUCACUGUUGCCUCCUUGAUUGGU